UAGCCGUCUCGCUCUGCCUCUCGUCCUUUUUCAAUUUUAAACCUUUUUUGCACAACCUAGUCAAGAUUAUAGGACAGUACAUAAUCAGCGCUAAUACACUUAUUCCUCGAAUUCUUACAUUUUAUAACUGAUAUGGCAGACUCUUCGACGGCUGUACCCACCAUUUCCAUAAUAACCCCAGAAUUGAAGGUUGAAGAUUGUCAAGUACCUAGUGGAUCUGUUACUCCAGAAUCACCCACCAUAUUUGAGUUUGCCAAACAACUUGAGAAGCAACAGAAAGCUGGCUCAUUUGGCACUAUUGAUUCAGAGGAUGUCCAUCAUCAAAAACAAAACCAGCUGAAUGUUGAUGAAGCGAUUGAUUUAGAAUACAAAAAAGAAAACAGUAAAAACACUUGUAAGGAAAGCGAUGGAACGAAAGAGCAGGAUCUUUUAACAGAAGAGCAGAGCAAUAAAGCUUGGUGUAGUAAAGAGAAACUUGAUUCACCAGACACUGCAGAUACUGCCAUUCGAUCAUUCUAUCAUGGGAAGAGUAUUUUGAUCACAGGUGCAACUGGAUUUAUCGGCAAGGCUGUUUUAUGGAAACUGAUUCAGUCACUGCAUGAUUCUGUUGAUAAAAUAUACUUGCUUUUUACCCAGCAACACAGUAGACAAAGGCUAACAGCCAGAGGGAGGUUUUAUGAAGACAUUUUAUCAAAUAAAGCUUUCACCACUUUACGUAGGUCCAUCGGAGCAGCCGAAUUCGAUGAUUUUGUUGAUAGAAGAGUGUAUCCAUUUUAUUGCGAAUUGACCGAAAGUAAUAUUGGACUGUCAGAUACGGAUAUACAGCUAAUAUCAGAACACUCAGGGCAGCAAAAUAUGAUUGUUUUUCAUUGUGCUGGUAGUAUGGAUGGCGCAGAGUCAAUUCACCAAACUGUCAAGACAAAUACUUAUGGUACUCUACAGCUCUAUAACUUCCUUAAGAAAAACCAGCAAUGGACAAUAUUAGCUUUCCUUCACCUAUCGAUUCUUCAACCGCAAUUCAAAAAUAGCAGUGAAAACUAUUUAUAUCCUUUACCAGAAUUCACAACAAUUGAGAAUGAGCAGCAGCCUUCAGUAAUGGAACUCUUAGGUGAAUGUAUGAAUCCCCAGUCAGAAGUCAUUCAGCAAGUUAUGCAGCAGCAACGAAAAUAUGGAUCGAAUAACAUGUACAAAAAUUCUUAUCUAUUCGCUAAAUCUCUAACAGAACAUGUGUUGGUGGAUCAAGUGAUACGGAAUAAAGAAGUUGGAAUGGAACAGAUUCCGAUAGCGAUAUUGAGAUUGAGUUCAGUCGGCCCUAGUGUACAGGAGCCAUUGAUUGGUUGGGCCGAUGGUGUCAACGGUCUGAAUGGGAUAAUCUUGUUGAUGGGCAAAGGAGAUAAUAAAGUAAUACCGGCUAGCUCGGGUCACACAGUGGCUGAUGUUGUACCAGUGGACUAUGUGGCACGUUUGAUGAUAUGUAGUGCUGCUACUAUUAUAAAUCCCAAUACUGCUCAAGGCGCUUAUACCACACCCAAACCAAUACCAUCACAAACAUCCGCCACUUCGACAAAUGUAGCAACUGUAUUGUCUGCUGCAACCAAUAAUAGCGAAAGUAGACAAUUCACUAUGCUACCAUCAGAAUAUGCAGCUUCUAAACGUCCUUCAGCUACCUCACGCCAUAAAAGAACCUCAAGCGUAGCAAGCAAUAGACGUAGCUUUCAACUUUAUUCCAACAGCUCAAAGAACGUAUUACCACCACAACAAUGUACUAUACCCGUGAUAUACCAUGUCUCGAAUGCUGAUAAACGCCCUGUUAGUUGGCAAAUGGCCUAUAAUUCCAUACGCCAGUACUGGAUGAAAGCCACCAAUGUUACUUUAUUACCAGCUAAAUCAUACUUUACGACUUCGCCACUGUCCAUAGAUACGCCUUCUCCUAGGAGUUCCUUGAUAAAUGAAACAGCAAUUACAGCAGUAGCAGCCGCAGGAGUUGGCCUUUCGAGGGCACGUACUGUUAUGACGUCUUUACGCGGAUACUAUUCAGGGAAUUCUCAUGAUAAUUCCAUUAAGAGAAAGUCACUUAUAACGCAGCAACAAAAUCGAACAGUAAACAGCAAUCGUAAUUCUCAUCGAAUGAGUCGAACUUUGGAUAAAGCAAGUAAAUCUACUUUUAUAAUGAAGGACACUAUUUAUUGUAACGCUUCCGGUACUUUCUUCGAUGCAAAUGAUGUGAUUUCGACCACUAACAAAGGCAGCUCACCAGAGGGUAUCAGUAACAUAAUGUACCUGAACAUGGCAUUGAGGUUCUGUGAUUUUCGAUCAUGUUUGGAAGCUAAUGAUACAUUUGACCCCAACUUGCUUGUUCCAGAGGACGCUGACCAUCAGUUUUGGGUUAGCUACUUUCUCAACGCUAGUUACGGUAUACACUACUUUGUAUGUCAGGAAAUCAGUCAUACUCGCAUCCCCACACCUGUUUCCGGCUGGAAUUGCAGCAUACAGCCUGUCAUUGAAGGUGUUGAUGAAGAAGAGGCAGAUUAUUACCAACAAGUCAUUGCUCGUCAAGUGAAUAGUAUCAUUUUUUCGCAGGAUCAAGUAACUCAACGAACCAACCGCAUGGUCCAGCAUGUCAAAUUUCUUUUGCAACAUCCUCAUAUUGCUACUGCUGAAAUGAGAGCUGCAGUUCAACAAAAGAAAAAAGAUAGUGUUUGGUUAACGGACUUGGACGAUGCUCUUGAUGAUUACUGUCAAGAUGAUGAUAUACUUCAAUAUCAAGAAAACAGUAGCGGUAUGAAAGAACAUAGUAGUCACCGUACCAUUACAAUGGCCUUGGGAAGAUGGCGACGCAAAGUAGGUAGUUCGGAUGAGUCUGUCAAAGUGAUUGUUUUGAAUGAUAAACGGGUCAAUCAAGCUAUUACCCACAUUACUCAAAAGGCCGGUGUCUCAAAACAAACUGCUGUUAAUGAAGCCAUCAAAAUUUUAAUGCGUAUGAGUGAACGUACCCAGCUUGCAUUUGUUUGGUUCACAGGUUCUUUCCUUCGCUCCCUCUUAGAUAAUAUGUUUGAUCAUGUUCGUAUUUCAAAAGAUCAGUUACGUAUGAUACGACAAGCUACUAUGGGCAAACGUGUAGUCUAUGUUCCUGUUUCUAAAUCCAUAUUAGAUCCUCUGUUAGUAUGGUACCUCGCUAUUCGUUAUCGUUUACCUGUCCCUGCAUUAGCAUGCGAUGAAGUAUUGGUACAUAUGGGACCUAUUUCUGAUGUAUACCGAUUAGCUGGCGCUUACUAUAUUAAAAGAGAUAGGACGAAGCGUUCACCCUUGAAUUCAGCAGUAACAGCAGCAUAUACACAAGUACUAUUGAGGGAACAUGGCGCUUUGAGUUUUUGUUUAGAAAGAUCACGAUCGCGGACUGGCAAAUACCAGGAGGCUUAUCCAGACGGAUUUGUCGACAUGAUUAUCGAGGCAACCUUACAAACUAACCAAGGCUCUUCUUCAUCGUCCAGAGUAUCAUCAUCUAAUUAUAGUAGUGGUGCCGCUACGAUUGGAAAUACAUUCUCUAGAAUUGUCUCGGCAGAGAUAACGUCACCACCAGAAUCCCCUUCUUCAGCUGUGACUACAGACAGUGCAUCCUCAACUUUAAGUAUGGAGAGUACAGCUUCAAAAGAACAUCAGCAACGUCAAUACUUUUCACAGCGCAAAGUUCAUAAAGAUGUUGUAUUUGUGCCUCUCAAUAUCACUUAUGAGAAUGUGCCUGAAUUGUCCUAUUUAAUUGAUCAAGUACUUGAAUCUCGACCUAUGUCCACUGCUAAAGUUUCUUCUGUAGAUAGAAGCGGCACUAUGUCAUCCCGUCCUUCACUUGUUUCAAGUAUGUCUUCCCCACCGUCUUCGCCCUUAUCUACCAUUCCUCAACGGUCCUCGACUAUUACUCUGAUGCGCCCAAGUGAAGCCAAAGAUCGUCGCAAGACAUUAUUAUCUGAGUCUCAGGGUGGUAUUGCAUCGGAUUUGAUUAAAAAGAAAGGCGGUCAUAUCACAUUCGGUGUUGGUUCUUUGAUUAGCGUUCAAGAUGUGGCAGAAGAGGUUAGUCGGCAAAUGCUAUCUGACGAAGGGUCCUCUGUAACGAACACAUACGAAGAUGAAUUAGUGAUAGAGAUUACAAGGCGCAUUCACGAAUCACAACGUAAAGCUCUCGUCGUCUCCCCUAUCUCUAUGAUAUCUGCUAUUAUUUUAUAUGGCCGUGCUACCCAUGGUGUAUGUAUAGGUAAAAUAAAAGACUUGAUGGAAUGGAUGAAAAGCGAAAUUAUUCAGUACUAUGGAUAUACUGUUGAAUGGCAAGACGGAGAGGACCUCGAUACCAUCAUUUUGACUAGCUUCAAAUUACUUGACGAGGCCAAGAACAUUAUUAUUGAAGGAUCCAAUGGUACUAAAGAUUACAUAAAUGACGAUAACACCAAUAUUCGUGUCAAUGAUCAUGCUGAUAACGUCAUGACGCUAUCAUACUAUGCCAAUCAAAUGGUCGAUAUCUUUUUGCUUGAUGCGUUUUUUGCUGUUGUCUAUUUGUCAUUCUUGGAAGACGAUGUGCUUCUAGAAGAAUUCAAAGACCGAUUCCGUUUCUUAUUACAACUGCUGGAAAAAGAAUUUGUAUUGCUGUGGAAUCUAGAAGAUAAGUUCAAGACAGUUAUUGAUCGUUAUUUAGCCAAGAAAUUCAUUCGUUUCACAGAAGAUGAGGAUACCAAGAAGGGCGGCAUGAAGCGACUAGAAUUACUGGUCAAUAUGGAGAAUGAUCCUGUGCGUUACGAACGAAUGAUCUUUUUGGCGUCAUUAGUAUACCCUACAGUGGAUGCUUAUUGGAUUACAUCAUGUUCUCUAUCGGCUUUAGAAGCAGUACCUAUGUUACCUCGUAGUGUCGUGCCUUUGUUGACACAGUGGAUUGCCACCCAUUUGAUAUCUGGUAGACGUACUUUGUAUCGUGAAGUUCUAUCGACAGAGUCAAGUAAAAUAGCCGUAGACGUCUUUAUGUCUAUGGGCUUCCUACAUGAAAUUCAAUCAAAAGAAAAAUUAUCACCAGACGCACAAAUUUUGCUGCAUGAAUUAGGAGUGCCCACAUCAGAAAUCUUGAUUGAAUUAACAGGACAAAAUAAGAAUGGAGGCAAGACUCCUAUAUCGCCGCAAGAUCCUGAAGGCAUGAUGAAGGCGGUUAUGGCACAAAUUCAAAUGAAUCGUGCUAAUUCGAAUAUGGCUGACCUUUGCCAACAAAUUGAUACCUACCGCCUGGGUGCUGCUUCACAGAGGGAAAGCUUUCAGAAUGCGCAAGUCUUCCAAAAAUGCUUACGACAAAUCAAAGGUAUUUUACAAGCGAAUACAAGUUUCGCGAAAAGACGGCAUAUUGAGUUACCUUCUGAGGAUGAACAUGGUUUGGUACAAUUGGUAUAUUCAUUGUUAGCUAGUAGCGUACCAGCAAGUGGGGACAGAGCAGCGCAGGUUCGUGCUUUGAGGCGAAUUUCUGAGGCCUAUAAUUUGCGUUAAGCAAUUCUGAAUCUAUUACUUCUCUCCGUCUAUGUUCUUAAUUACUUCAGUUCCUGGUUUAUUUAUAUUGCUAUAUACAUUAUCUUACUCAACGGCUUCAAACUUCGUUGACAAUAAUCCAUAUUUGUAGACAAAACCUCUCUCCCCCCACCCCCAACCUCCUUAACUUUGUAUUGCUAUUAUUUGUAACGUGACAGACUAAAAUUGUAUGUGAUUGGUAUUAGCUUGUGCGAGAAAAAGGAAAUAAAAUGGCGGUUUC